AUGUUUAAGUGGCUACGAGACAGUACGAAGCUUUUUACAGGUAGCAGUUCUGACGAAGAACUUGACGACUCAACUCAUCAAUACGUAAAAGUUCAGAAUGAUUUGAAAGAAGAAAUAGAAAAAUUAGGUCAGAAGUUUCCUCAAGAUUUUCCAAAACCAAUCGACAUAUUAGAAACUGUUGACGAUACUAUCGAAGGCCAAUGGGAGCAACGACUACAACAGGCAGGUCAAGUUCAAAUUGGAACACGCAUUGCGCUUAUUCCUUAUUAUUUGGGCGAUCUUCAUUGGACUGGAGUUUUCAUCGAAUUUAAAGAAACCGGACAAAUUGAACGAGCCGAAUUUAUUGAUCCAGUAGCUCCGGUGUUGCAGUCGGAUUCUAAUCUAAUGAAGCUACGAGAGGAAUUCGCUAAAGUUUAUCCAGAAAUUUUGUUACAAUCCAGAGAACUUCAAGUGCACGAAGAUGUUAAAAAGAGUGCAGAACUAACCGUUGCUAAUUUACUUCAAGCCGCUGAAGAAUGUCAGCUUACCAUUGCAAGAAGUUCAAAUGUUAACGACUCAAAUGACAGCACAUCGAAUGAUCUUGAUGCAACGAAUGGUGGAGCUAGUGAAGAAUCGAAUCCGCCGAACGCAUUCGUUUUUGGAGGCGAUCCCUCAGAAAAACAAUCAAACAGCGAAUCAGGACAGGUAAAAAAUCAGAAUGCCCCUGAGCCAUCAGUGACAGUACCAUCGACAAAACGAGCGAGCGAUCCCAAUAGUUCUAUUCAAAUCAAGCAUGACGCACCUGACCCUGAAAUCGAUCCAGCGAACGUGCCCCAAUUAGCGAUCACAGAAGAGAACCUAAGAAACAUGUAUAAGGAUUUCAACCGUUUACCAUCAUGUUCUGAAAGAUUCAUAGUUAGUCUAAUGUGCUACAUCUCUCUUAAACUAGCAGACGAAAACACUCUAGCAGGUUGUGGCAUCGAAGUAACCGAUCAAUUAGUGAAUGCAAUCAUGAAAGAAUUUGAAUGUUUAAAGGAAUGUCUGACGAUAGAAGAAGUGAACUCCGUAGCAAUUGAUACAGCAUUAGAUACAUGUCAGAUCCAUUUAAAGAAUGCGAAUUGGAAAGCAGCUCUAGUUAUAGUAAAGCAACUCUGGAAGCAGAGAAGUCCGUUAGAUAUGCCAGAAUUGUUGAGACUUGUCGAAAAAGUUGAUGAUGCAGCAAAGCUAAUCAAAGAAAAAGAGGUUAUCCUUUUGAUGGGAGGAACUGGAGUAGGUAAAUCAACUACUAUUCAUUUUCUUGGCGGAUCUAAAAUGGUUGAAAUAACAGUAAACGGCUUGAAUCACAUUGCACCUACUGAGAUAAAAAAUCCUGCCCUAAAAAAUGUAAGAAGUGCACCAUUUGCACAAUCCAUCACACGAUAUAUAGAACCCGUGGAAGUGAAAUUUGAAGAUGUGGAUGUAUGUAAAAAUGGCAGCAUUAUCCUAUGCGAUAGCCCCGGCUUCGAGGAUACUAGUGGGGCUGAAGUUGAUAUCGCAAACGGAAUUGGUAUUGUCAAGGCGAUAAAAGGAUGCAAGAGUGUGAAACCGGUGGUUUUGAUUAGUUUCAAGAGCAUUGGUGAUCGAUGUGAAGGAGUAAAGGAUUUAGCGCAUGCUGUGGUAGGGUUGAUUCCAGGAAUACAGGAUCACAUGAAAAGUUUCUCCUAUAUAUUUACGAAAUUUCCUAGUAAAGAAAAAUCUACCAUUCAUGCCGUGUUAAAGGACGUGAAUAAUCGACUGACGGAGGAAGAAAAAUUGGAUAUAAGUUUCACGAAUAUCUUGAACGACAUGUUUAUGAAAACGAGAAGAAACCCACACAUAUUAGAUCCCAUUAACGAUGAUCCAGGAGAGAUUCUCUAUGAGCUCGCUAAUUCAGUAUCUAUUGAACGUCCAGAGGAAGUUUUUCAUUUUUCCAUUACGGAAAAAUCAAAAAGCGUCGUACGAGAGCAAGUGAGACAGCAUCAGUUGAAUAUUAUCUCGGGAACGAAACGUUCCGACUAUCCCUUUGUACAAUACAAACUCGAUCAAUUAAAAGAGUUGAAUGAUCUCCUGCACCAAGAUGACAUCGAACAAAUCUUCUACGAAUCUGUUCGAUUUGUAAGUAAGCAUCUCUCCGAGGAGUAUCAAGCAGGUAUUGCAGCGUUGGAUCGCUGUCUAGUAGCACAAACGACUCUGAGCGAUGCGGACAUACAGCACUAUUGUAUCUGCAUCCAGCAUUCGAAGCUUGCAGAACCUUUAAGAAGGAAACACUUAGGUAAGGAAGUUGUUUGCAGUGAUGCGUUUACCCACUAUGUGAAUCAGCAAAUGGAUACCAUGUGCGUUGAUCUGAAAGAAAAAGACAUCGAUGAUCCAUUAGUGAAAGUGAGUCUAGAUAAUAUAAAACUUCUUUCAAAAUAUUUUCCAAGUGUCGAUCACCGAUACGAAAGUGCUUGUCGAGAGUUUGGGAAAAAAUUGGAUUGUGUUGUUACCUCGUUUCAUGCAUCCGUAAAAUCGAAUCAGUUUGCUGAGUGUGCCAGUUUCAUGACAAAACUAAAUGAGUCACGUAGUGUUCUAGAAGGCCGUAUUGGUUGUCAAGAUAUAGAAGCGAAAUAUGAAAAGCUGAAAGCGUAUUUUCUGGCAUACCUCCAAGACUCCGUAACGAAGCUUGAUGAUACUUUUACCAAGGGCAAACUACUAGAAAAUGAUAUACAUAAUUUAGAUCAUUGUGUAUGCAUGUUAAGAUCCGCCAUGCAUACGUAUACUCUUGAAUUACAUAUCUCUGAGCAAGUUUUGUAUCAAAUGCAUGAAACUCUAUUAUCUAAAAUUGAAAUCUAUUUCAGAGGCGUAGUGAAAAGAAUUGAGCUCGAAACGAAGAAGGAAAAUGCAUUCGCCGGCUUAGAGCAUUAUAUGGCUGAACUAGAUUCGAUCAGAAAGAUUUCUGAUAUCGAAUUGCGAACAAGUGAAAUAUACUUUAGUACGCUAGAAAAACUGAUCGGAUACAUCUAUGAAUCAAGAAGAAACACUGAACAACUUUUAAGCGAUCUUUUUCGACGAGAGAAAAAAGUGGAUUUUGAUAAGCUGACCAAACAUCUGAUGAAUCUGAAAAGUGCGGCGUGGGUAGAGAAAUAUCGAACUGAUGUUUAUUCCGAUGUCAUUGGUCAGAUCGAGGGACAAAUUCUCGAACAUAUCAUCCAAAUGAAAGAAUCAGUGAAGGAAACCGAUUUGGAUCUAGAUAAUUUUGAUAAAAUUGACAAUGCGCACAAAAUUGUGUCCGAAAUCAACGAAAUGAAACAUUUACAGAAGUUUGUCGCUAGUGUGAAUGAACAUCUCGAUGAAGUCAAUCAGUGGUUCAUCGAGGCCACCGGCAAGGUAUUCGUGAUAGUGAAAGAAACGUUUGAUACGAAAAAAUGGCACGAACGACACUACCAGUCAUUGGACUUUGAUAACAUUCACAAAGCAUUGAAGUACUUGGACAGUUGCAGAGAAAUUCGUAUUCUAUUUAAGAGUGAUUUAACGUCGACACUGAACAGUUUGAAAGAAUUCGUGCGAUGUUUCAGUGGCUAUGUCCAAACAGAGAUGGAAGGCUGUUUUGAUAGAAUCAGAAAAUAUCAAGGAGAGAAUCACGAGAAACUGUUGGAGGAUACGCGAAGCUUAGCGCGGCGCCUACAGGAAAUAUCAGAGAUAAAGACGAGAUAUGCACGUAUUUUUGAUUGUUUUUCCAAUCAAGAGGAGAUUCAGCAGUGGCCUAACAAAUUAUCCGAGCAUGUCAUUGAAUUAUCACACGAGAUGGCAUCGUUGAGUUCUACGAAUAGAAUUGACAUUUUAAGUAUCAAGCUAGCAAUUGCGAAAGGUUUAAGUAAAUUAGAUAGCUUCUUGGAAGAGAAAAAGUACAAUGAUAUCUCUCAGGACUACCAAAAAAUAUUUAUCUCUCAAACAAGUAAUGUCUGUAAACAAGUCAUAGAAGCAAUUACCAAACACGACUAUCAAAAAGUUGCUUUCGAAAUGGCGGCAUUAAAAUCAGCAGAACCAGUGGGAGAACAUUUCUUUCAACAGGCUAGACGAGCAGUGAAUAUUGGUGUAAGUGAUUUGAUGGAUGAAACUAAGAAUAUUACAAUCUUGCUUGGAGAUAACAUGGAAAAAGAAAUUCGAUCCAUCGUUGGCAACCUGAAAUGCUUGCAAAAGGCGAAACAGUUUGUGUCCAACUUCCUUGAUGCUUCUGAGGAUAUAGAGAAAUGUAUAUCUGAAAUCAAACAGCUAGUGGAUGCAAAAAUAAAGCGUUCCAUAAAAAGUAUCCGUGGUCUGAUUACCGUCAAUAACUUCUAUGAAGCUGAUAGAAGGAUUGAUUCAAUCACGUUAGUACGCAGUUUACUCGGAAGUUUUUGUACGGAAGAUCUUUCGAACGAGAUCGAAGCUCUUACGAAGAGCCAAAACGACGUCGUGCUCACAGAAGUAGUAGAAAAAUAUUCGAAAAUGGAUAUCAGUAGCUAUAACUUAAACCCACCUAGCGAUAUCUUUGCAAAGUUCGGACAAGUGAACAACACAAAUCCGAUCUACCAUCAGGCAUAUCAUGCGAUCAAAGAAGCGAUUUUCAAUAAGUUCAGACAAGAAUUGAAGAAAGCACAAUCCAAACAACCACCGAAUCCGGAUAAUAUCCAUGUAAGAGAAUUUGAAUUUGCAGUCAAAUAUCUGCCAUUGAGCAUGAAGGAACAUUUAGAAGCUGAAUUGAAGCAUUGUAAGGAGGAUAUCGAGCGAUCUAUUCUAGAUAACAACACUAGGUUCGCAGAUGCUUGUAAUAGCAGUGAUCUGAAGAGUAUGAAAGCAAUACUCAACGAAUGCGAGACUAAAGAUGACAUGAGACCCUACUUGAACAAAAGUCGAGAAUUUGUUUUGAGAAACGUUCAAGACUUUGUCGAAAAGAUAAAGAAAUCGUUUGAACAACAGGAUAUCACAGGAGCACUGCUAAAUGUAAAAAUACUACAUAAGUACAAAGUGGAAUUGGAAAAUAUUCUUCCGGAUAUUAGACAGCCGUGCAAAGAAGCAGCUGCUCAGAUCGAGAAUGUCUUUCAAGAGGCUUAUAUCUGUUGUCUCAACCGAUUUCUGGAGAGUAGCACACCGAUUGUUACCGACGAUGUUGUUCAAGCGGUAGAGAAAAGUUUUCUCUGUUUAAUGAAAUUAUUGAAAUUCAGUAACCAUAGUGAGCAUAGGGACACAGCGAUCGUGACGGACAUGUUCCCAAAGAAUUUUCAAGAAAAAUUCAAACUGUUGAAUGAGAACUUAGUACGCUAUUUUACUGAGCAUCAGAAACGAUACGAAGAAGCGUUACGGAAACUCGAUGUGAUGGCUCUGAAAGAUGUCUUGGACCUUGCUAAAGGAUGGCUUCCUCUGAUUACGAAAAUGAUUAGCUACCACGAUCGGCAUCAGAUCAAUGACGAGAAAAUGCAAACAGUCGUGAAGGCAAUGACCAAACUGACACGUUAUCCAGAGAUUUACGAAUCAAUUGCGAAUCGACUUAAGGAAUUAAGGGACGAGUUGUUCAGUCAACAACUGAUCAAUAUAGAGACGAAACAAUUCGAGAAACAAAGAGAUGAGUUCUACAAAAAGCUGAACGAGAAAGUUACCGUUCUCAGCAAAGCCAAGCAAUUAGGUAAACAUGAAAUCAACGGUGUGAAUCAACUUAAACAGGAAUCUUUGAAAUCCAUAGAAUCAAAAAUCAUGAGUCUUUCGGCUACUGCUGAAGUAAUUCUGGAUAAAUUUUUGCUGCAAUCCACAUUGGACAAACUGGAUUGUGAUACUUUCAACCUAUACUAUAGAAAUAUGAUAUCAUUUGGCAAAGAAAUGGAAGUAGGGCAAUCUGAAAAUAAAGCAAAUAUUGAAAAAAUCCAGAAGAAAAUUUUUGAGAGAAUUGAAACUUGGAGAAAAGCGGCGCAGAAUGGGGCCACACUGGAUAGUUUUGUCAAAAAUUUGAUUAAUAUAAAACGAUCUUCCAAUUAUUUUCCGACCUUCAAAAACUCCAUUAACGACAGAAUCGAUGAAAUGCUCGCUGAAUUUAAAAAUUCCAAAAAAGAUUCAACAGCAUUCUUAAAGUUAGGUGCACUUCUAAAUCAAGAUGAGACCGGAUGUGGUCAAAGUAUUGUUGGCGAGCAUAAGGCCUUUCAAGGUUUUACGCUGUCUUUGUUCAAUGAGAAAACUCAGAAGCAUGGUAUUGAUUACGUCGUGAAAAAUUUGACUGGUGAUCUGGUCGAUAGGAGUCUAUUACAGAAAAGAUACACUGAAUUUCGUGACCUUUACGACACCUUAGUCAAACAGUAUCUGAAGGCCGACAUGAAAUACGAUGCAUUGAUCGCUGACACUAAACAAUUGGCUGGGGAUGUCAAACAGCGGUCAGACGCGAUUGAGUGGGACGCAACAGUGAAGGGCAAGGUUCCUAAGCUAGCUGCGCAUAUUUUUGCCCUGUGGACACUUCAGAAUGCUCACCAUUACUUCGACGCAGAUAGUGCAGACAAUAAGAAUAGUUAUCUUCUGCAACCACAUGCGGCGCAAGUCAUCUCUAUAUUUCGUAUGCUCGGUAUUGGGGAUGCGAAGGAAGUGUUGAAUCACAACUUAGUACAAAUAGGAACGGGCGAGGGAAAAUCGAUCACAUUAGGAGUGACUGCUUCGAUACUUGCAUUGCUUGGCUUCGAUGUAUGCUGUGCCUGUUACAGUGAAUAUCUGAGCCAACGAGACUACACAGCAUUUGUCAGUUUAUUCGAUUCGUUAGGUGUACUAAGCUAUAUUCGUUAUGGUACUUUCAACAAACUAUGUGAAUAUGUCAUCAACGAGAAUGGAAAUAUUCGUGACGUUGUUGAGCAACUCAUUUCGAAGGGCUUGAACAUCGCUGCGCAAAAUGCCAAGAAUAUCAAACGUGCCAAAAUACUCCUCAUAGAUGAAGUCGAUGUUUUCUUCAGUCGAGAUUUCUACGGUAAUGUCUAUACACCUUCGGCUAGCUUGCGAGAUCCGACGAUUGUAUCGUUAGUGGAUAUGAUUUGGGGGCAGAGAAAAUCGAAGUUGAAUCUAAACAAGGUCAAGGAAAAACAAGAGUACACAGAUUGCUGUACCCGCUUUUCACAAUGGGUAGCAUUAAUUGACGAGGCAAUCAAAGACAUGCUUUCUGACAUGGCAAACUUUGAGUCGCAUAGCUAUAUUGUGAAAGAGGAUAAAAUUGGAUACAUUGAACAGGAUAAUAUUGUCUACAAUGUGAUCUAUGGUUAUCAGACUUUGUUUGCCUAUUAUUUGGAACAUGAAAAGGGUCGCAUAAGCACAGCUAGUCGAGACGAAAAUAUUUGCAUACGCAUCAAAUGCGGUAGUUUUUCGUAUGCUGAAACACCGUUGAAGUUUAAAUACAUCAUGGGCGUGACAGGCACAUUAGUCACUCUGAGUGAACCCGAAAAAGAAAUCAUCGAGAAAGUCUAUAAUAUUAAAAAAAAUACCGUGAGCCCAUCUGUGUUUGGUCAAAAUAAUCUUCGAUUUGUGAAAAAGGACGACAUAAAAAUUGAGACGAACGAUGACUAUUACAAUGUCAUCAGAAGAGAGAUCGACGAUAGAUUGGCCGGCAGUCAGUUAGGAAAACGAGCUGUGUUGGUGUUUUUUGAAACAGAAAAAAAAUUGAAGGAGUUUUACGAGUCGAAAGCCUUGGAAUCAAUCAAAGACUCAGUUGUCUAUCUGACGGAAGAAGCGUCCGCCUCGGAGAAAGACAAUUUGAUCAAACGUGCAACUGGAUCUGGUCAGAUCACUUUGUUCACCCGAACAUUUGGCAGAGGAACAGACUUUAUAUGCCAUGAUCCAGUUGUGUCCAAGAGUGGUGGUCUUCAUGUGAUUCAAACUUUUCUUUCCGAAGAGGUAUCAGAGGAAGUACAGAUCAAAGGAAGAACAGCACGACAGGGGGAUUAUGGAUCUUAUAGCAUGAUUUUACUGGAUCAUGACUUGGAGAAAUUUCACAUAGAAAAAGAUCACAUUGAAAGUGUAAAAAUAGGAAAGAGUUUCACAAAUCGUCUCGCAGGCGUGUUGACGUCUGCUAAGAUCUAUGAUUCGAUGUAUGAUUUUCUGAAUGAGAUGCGGACUAUCUUCUUCAAGACGCAAUAUGCAGCGAACACAAAAUACGUUGACCAAGCAAAAAAGCGGCAUGAGUUCGGUCAACAGUUUCUGAUACAUCUUCAGAAAGGGAAUACCGAAUCAGUGAAAGCAUCUCUAGUUCAAGAAAAUAAAGGAGUAGAAAGUACAUCGACUUCGCGGACUGUUUGUCUCAUGGAUGCCACUGGUUCCAUGAGUCAUCUGUUGCAGAAAUGUAAGAACACCGUAGAUAUCAUGUUCGAACGUGCUUCGGCCAUUCUGAAAGAGAAUGGUAUUAGUGUAGAUUCGUUUCAACUUCAAUUUGUCGUCUACCGAAACUAUUGUUGUCGCGAGAAUAUGAUCCUUCAAAAUUCUCCUUGGGAGACGAAGCCGGAUAAUUUGCGCGCCUUCAUGAACACCAUCAAUGUUGCAGGAGGUUUGGGGAAUGAAGCGAUCGAAAUCGGUCUAUGGCAUGCGAAUGAAGAAUAUGCGAGAGAGGAGAUUACCCAAGUGAUUUUGAUUGGCGAUGCCGCUCCUAACACGCAGGCCGAAGUAACACAGCGGAGACAAAUACAGACAGAAAACUACUGGGCUACUACUAGAUUUUCUAAGCCAACCUAUUAUGCCAUUGAGUUAGCUAAACUGGUCGCGCAUAAAAUUCCGGUCCAUGCUUUUUUCGUAGCCAGUGCAGCGGAACAAAGUUUUAAAGACAUUGCCAAACAAACAGGUGGAAGUUGCAAAUCGUUAGAUAUAAAUUCACCUGCAGGCUCGGAAAUGCUGACCAAUCUAGUAACUGAAGAGAUUCUGAGAAACGUCGGCGGAAGUUCUCGAGGAGAAGCUCUGGUUAAAGCAUACAAGGACAGAUUCGCCAAAGCUUACACAUAGAAACAGAGACUUCAGGUCAAAUGAGUCGCUCAUGAUAUUCUCUGUCGAUUGGUAUUUUCACUGAUGAUUUGAAUCUGUCUAUCAUUCCCCUAAAUCAUUUUACUUUUGACACCCUUGUAAUAGCUCAUCCUUUUCUUGUUGAUGUUGUGUGAAUUUUGUUGAAAUAAAACCAGUUGAUUCCAACCUUUACCUACAAGAAAAAACGAGCUCAAACAAGUUUAUUCAAGGUAGGAAGUUAUUAUCACGUACAGCAAGCUAUAGACUUUCGCUCGCGCGAGAUGAUAUGACCCGCGACGCUGAUUUAUGGAAUAUCUGCAAAUCACAGAAAGGGGCGGGUGGGUGUGGCUGUGGCUGUGUGUAUAUGUAUAAGUGAUUCAGAAAUGAAUCUAUCAAAUAGCUAGCAAGUCCCGUUUCGAUAAAUGCUGAAAUUAAACUUAUCAAUUGCGUUUUGAUGUGAAAAUAUAUCUCCUACUGCAAGUAGUAUAGUUAGAAGUAUCCGAAGAAACUUCCAAGCAGAUAUUACUUACAUAUUAAUAUAUUAUCGGUAACUUAUUCGAAAAUAAGUACCCAACAAAGUUUUUGAAGAGAUGACUUCGUGAAGUGGGUGUGGCUGGGUGUGGGUGUGGGUGUGGAUGUGGGUGUGGGUGUGUGUCUACUGGGCUCUUAGAUUCACACUUGUUAGCUCUAAACGUUAGGGGAUGUGACGAAAGAGCUGAACCUUCUUUUAUAUAUAUCAAAAAUAGCAUACAUACAUUGAUGGAUAUGCAGCUAAUAACGAAAUAUGAAUAUAUAUAUAUAUAUAUAUCUAAGAUGAUGAUAUGAUGUAUAUAAUCGCAUAUGUGUGUUGUAGAACAAUAAUAGCGACUCUGAGCGGAAGAACAGAAAAUAACUAUAUAUACAAUAGAAAAUGUAUCACGUCAGCUGGACUAUCCCACGAAUGACGUAAUAGGAUGAAAACUUGAGAAACAAGGAACGAAUAUAUAACCAAACAGAUUAGCGUCGAUUAGCGACACCUAAUGACGCUAACAAUACUGCACACCCACACCCACACCCACGUACACUUACACCCGCACCCACGCACCCACACCCACACCCACACCCACCCACACCCACACCCACACCCACACCCACACCCACACCCACACCCACAUCCACAACCACACCCACACCCACACCCA